UAUAACGAUGCCCUGUUUUUUUUUUCUUAUAGACUUUCAUUACCACUUUCUGCAAAAUGGAAAGAAACCCAAGAUUGAGAAUUUGAAGAACCCUACUUUGACCCUUCCUACUGACAGCAACUUGCAGUCCAAUAAGUUUUCAAAAUUUUCACUCCAACCCCGUUUUUGUGGACUGGUUCGGUCCAAAGCUCUUAUUUUUACGGUGUUGCAACCUCUUUCUUGGGCUCAUUACACAAUCUUCACUCGCACAUAAGAUGGGCAGAGCAACAAGGUGGCUUAAGGGCCUGUUCGGCAUCAAGGAGGACAGAAACGAGCUGGACAACAACAACAACAGCAACAGCAAGAUACAGUCCAGCAAUUCAAGCGGGUUGUGCAACAACCCCGCAACCAUCCCACCCAACAUAUCUGUGGCUGAGGCUGCCUGGCUGAGGUCCUCUGGUUGCACUGAUGAGGCGGAGAAGGAGCAGAACAAGCGCGCCAUCGCGGUGGCGGCCGCCACGGCUGCUGCCGCGGAUGCAGCGGUGGUGGCUGCGCAGGCGGCAGUGGCUGUCAUCAGGCUGACGAGCAGCUGGAGAGGCGCCAUGUCCGUCGGCGGGCCCGAGGGGCACGCCGCAGUGAAGAUCCAGACAGUUUUCAGGGGAUAUCUGGCAAGGAGAGCACUGAGAGCGCUGAAGGGACUGGUGAAGUUGCAGGCGCACGUGAGAGGGUACCUGGUGAGGAAGCAAGCAGCCGCGGCACUCCAUAGCUUUGAAGCUCUCAUGAGAGCUCAAGCCAGCGCUCGCUUGCAGAGAUUAUCAGCUCGCAGUGGAGGAGGAGGAGGAGACGACACUUGCAGGAACGGGUUCGGGACCCGCAAGCCCAUGGAAAGAUACGAUGACAAGACGAGGAACGAGCACGAGCACCCACGCGCCGCCCCAACUCACAACAGGAGGCUCUCCGCGUCCAUCGUCCACUCCACGACACUCCACCCCGCCACCGAGGACACCUCCAAGAUCGUCGAGGUCGACAAUGGGGUCACGCCCUUUUCAAGCUCGGGACAGACGUUCCCAUGCCGGGCCCCGACCCGGCUCCUCCGGAGCUCCGGCUGGCUCGAUGAUCCCGGGCCCUCCACAACUCCGGCGAGCACGCCCCGGUCGAUGAACACGCCCGCGAGGAGCGACGUCGGCGUCGGCUGCCUCUUCCGGCGGCGCGAGGGCCGCGGCCUCCUUUCGGUCCCGAACUACAUGUCGGUCACGCAGUCGUCCAAGGCGAAGCUGAGGUCGCAGAGCGCUCCGAAGCAGAGGGUCGGGGGGGCGGCGGAGGCACCGAGGAAGGGGGCGUCGCUGCUGGAGGUGAUGAUGGAGUACGAGCGGUCGAGGAGUAGCUUCAGCGGGGCCGUCGGGGUGAGGAUGCAGAGGUCGUGCUCGCAGGCGCAGGAGGCUAUCGUGUUCAAGAACGCCGUCGUCGGGAAGAAGAAGAUGGAGAGACCAGAGCAAGAACUCGGAGAGUGGGAGAGAAGAAGAUGAUGGUGAAGGUUUUGGCUUGUGGGGCGAGCGAGACGGAUGGAGAGACUUGCCUUUAAACUUUUGUCUUUUCCCUGCUUUUUCUGGAUCCGUUUCAUGGAUCAUGGAAAA